AUGAUCACUGAUAUUCCUAAUGAUCCCGAUUAUGUUUAUCAAACCAAUGAGACCACCGCUAUCUUUGAUGAUAUCGACAAGGUCCUCACCAAUUACGAUGACACAGGUGGCAGUAAGAACACUUCCAUGGCUCAACUACGCACUCAAGUCGCGUCAAUCUAUCAUUACGAAGACCCCAACUUUCUUUACCAUUUUUCUGCUGUUGCCCGUGUCGCGAUCGAGCUCGAUCGCAGAGCAGGAAGGCCUAGAUUUCCCAUUACGUAUCAAUGGCCUGAAAAUCCUGACCCCCAAUCCGAUCCUCCCAUUGUGCUCAGCGGUAUGCUCAAACCUCCUCCCACAAUCGAUAUUUAUGGAGUGGUGGAAGGUUUUCUGGAGAGGCCCAUUCCCAAGUCUCCCCCUCGUUUCGAAGACCUUACGAUGUUCCCUUCCAGCGCUAUUACAAACACCGCUGGUCCUCCUCCACCUCCCCCUCACAUAUCCGAAGCUUUUUCAGUUGGUGCACACUCUCCAAGCCCACCUCCUGCCGAACAGCCUCCUCCACGUCAACGUCAAUCUAUCCGGAAAGCUCAAUCCCCCGCUCCUCAAAUUUCAUUACCUUCCUUACCAAUCUUUGAGAGGAUUGAUAAAGGUAAGAAGCGUCGGCGUUCUUUUUCAUCCGAUGAGUCCUCGAUUGGACCUUCCCGACCAGCACCAGCUGUCUCUGGAGGCCCUUUUCAAUCAAACGUUAGCUUACCAGCACCAGCUGUCUCUGGAAAUCCAGCUCUGGCUGGUCCCUUUACAAGCGCAAUCACAACUGCCCCGUAUUUGGAUGACAACGAGCACCUUGUCCCUGAGGAGUUUUCUCCAAUCUCUUUUCAAGUCAACCAGAUUGCGCUAUUGUACAAAUCAGAUAUUAAGCAUCAUAUCAGUGCUUUUAACUCUUGUAAAAAUAGACCUGCCAAUUGGCAAAAUUCUCUCACAAAAGACCUACUCGAAUACAAUUUUGUUGAUCUUUGA